UCUGUAUAUAUUGUGCAACACUAGUUGAGCUUGGCACUUUGUUGAUAUCUUCUGAAAUUGGCAUCCUGUUUACUUCAUUGGCUGAAUAAUGUCUGGAAACCUUGAAACAUGCAUGGUUCAGAUCUGCAGCACCUUCCAAAGGUAUGCAGGAAAAGACGGGGAUGCAAAGACACUGAGCAAGACCGAGCUGGUUGAGCUGGCAACAAAGGAGUUUCCUGCCCUGUGUAGUAAUCAAAACAAAGAUGAGGUCUUGAAGGGAGUGUUCGGGCAGCUGGAUAUGGAUGGCGAUGGCAAAGUGGACUUCAAAGAAUUCUGUAUCUUCAUUUGCUGCCUUACCAUGGCUCUGAAAGAACAUCUCAAGUGCUAGUGUCUGAAAUUCUGUUUGUACUUUUUUCUAAAACAGAUGGGGGGUGUGUGUGUGUGCAUUUCAUAUGUAACUAACUAAAAUCUGCCAAUAAAGACUCAGUGAUGUGUAAUCUAAAAUGUCUCUUUCCAAAUAAAUACAACUGAAUAUCCAUAUAA